AUGGGAGCCCUCCCACCGCCCAGCAGGGCGUUUCAGUGGGGCUUUGGAGAGUGCAUAGGAGCCUACCAGACGGGAAGUGACGAGAGGCUGCUGCAGGCAGGGUGCACGCGGGGGAGCCACUCCGCAUGCCUCACGUGGAGGUGUGCGGCCGUCGGCCUCGAAGGCCGUCUGACACUGGGCAGCACGGGCAAUCAGGAGAAGAGAAGCCCGCUCCCGGCAGAACUGACCUCGGGGCAGUCGGCCACGCACUCCCACGAUCCCAGCACCACGGGUGCCUGCCCAGCAGCAGUGCCGUGGGCUCCAGCUGGCUCGGCGGGGAGAGCAGGGCGCCCCUGCAGAGAUUGUACGACCUGGACCAGGACCCCCGCUCGCCCCUGGUGCAGGAGCACCGCCAGCGGCGUGGCCCGCUGCGCCGGGUCUGCACUCUACACGCGGCGACAGCGGCUGCUGCAGCCCGAGGACCUGCAGCACGUGCUGGUGGACGACGUGCACGGCCUGCUCUACUGCUACGUGCCCAAGGUGGCCUCGCUUCCCUGCGGCGCCGUCGCGGCCCAGGGCGGCCUCCGCGCGCGAGCAGGCGGCGCGCCUCUUCCAGGACAUCAGCCCCUUCUACCAGCGGCGCCUCUUCGACCUCUACAAGCUGGACUUCCUGCUGUUCAACUACUCGGCGCCCGCGGCCCUGCGGCUGCGCUAGGAGGCCUGGGACCAGGCCGCCCAGGGGCUCUCCCACAAGCCCCCCCAGGCCAGAGCUGCCCCCACGGCCCCUCUCAGAGCCGC